AUGUCUCCGAAGAAGCGCACAUUAUCCGCCGGGAGCCAGGUCCGUCCAACCCCGGACCCCAAAGACCCGAAGGACGCCUUGAUGGUCCUUGCGCCGACAACUCGGUUGGCGCGCAUCCCCUCUCCCGCUCGAUUCCUCCUCGUCGCUCUGGGCAGUCUGGUUGUGAGCUCGGUUCUCUUCACGCUUACGGCCAGUCUUACUCGCGGUGACCUUGGUCUGGUUAGCAAACACCUAGAGGAAUGGUGGGAAGUGGGGGGCUUGAUCGCGUGGAGGGGCGUGGAAGUAGGAUUGGCGUGGGUGCUGGGCUUUGACAGCUGGGAUGUCGCUUCGUACCUGUUCUUAACCCACCUCCCUACCUACUCGCUGCUCUGGUUCUUCUACAAGGUGCGGCCCACCUCGGUCCUCGCCUCGUAUGCGAUUACAAUCCUCUCGACCGUGAUUCCAUUUGCAUUUUUGCGCCGAUCCGCAUCGGUCCACGAUUUGUCUCAUACUCCCUCCGACGCGAUCGUGAACCGCGGGAUUCUGCAAGACCGGCUGACCACCAUCUAUACUUCUCUGGCCGCGACCUCGAUUUAUAGCGUCAUUUUGUACGCAAGCUAUGCGUCGUGGCUUCCUGCGCAGCUUGUCGUGCAUUUCGAGAGCAUUCCCGAUAUUAGCGCUGCCCACGCCGGCCCUGCCGGCCUGCCAGCUCUCUUUCUGUCUCUAGUCCCGGCUGGUUAUGCGGUACGUGAUUUCUUAUUCGUGAGCUCCACUGGUCGCUCUACGGCAAAGGAAGCAAAGCAACCUGCGAGUCGAGAGGGAGAAUACUUAAUUGUUGCUAUCUAUCGCAAGACGUGGUGCCAGCUAUCGAUGAAGACCAGAAUUCUCGUGUCGCGUACUCUCAUCCUAGCCACCGCAGUGCUGCUCAACACAACGGUGCAGGUAGCGGGUACUAUUCAGAGCGUGUCUGUCGAGGGUGCAUCCACCUGGGGCGCCAUCUGGGCUGUCGCAACCCUGGCGACCGGCGCUACCUUUGGUUGGAUCGAGGCUGUGGACGGUGUAUAA